AUGUCAGAGGUAUGUCGCACAAAUCUGCCAAGCAAGACGUUCAAGAAGCCAUACAAGAAGUCUACCAAUGGCUGCACAUCUUGCAAGGUCCGGAAGGUCAAAUGCGAUGAAACACGACCUUCAUGCCUACAAUGUCAGAAGCGCUUUGCUGACGCAGAUUGCUGCAAUUAUGAGGUUAAACCCUUAAAGGCAAAGCGUGCUCAGAAAAAUCCGACAACCACAGAGAUGAAUAUUCAUAUCGUAGCUCAUCCCGCAAGUCUUACUAGCGCAAGCCUGGUAGAAUUACGUUUGAUGCAUCACUUUACUAAGUCCACAUGUAACCAAACAUCUGCUACCCUCUCAACACCUUUACCAUGGACCAGCAUUUGGGAGCUUGACAUUCCUCAAAUUGCUUUCACAUCAGAUCUCGUGCUUAACGCAUUGUUUGCUCUUUCAGCCCUUGACCUGUCGUCACGAUGCCCUGAAGAUUCAGCAAUGGCAGUGGCUUCGAAAACCUAUUUUCAUAAAACCGUAGUAAAUCAUCGCCAAUUGGUUGAGAGAGAUGAUGACACAUACGCAGUCCCUGUACUUCUUACUGCAGUCCUUAUUGCACAUUAUACCUGGCUUUCAGCGCAUCUUGACACAAUGCCUCUUAGUCAGACCUUCUAUGCUACCAAAAAUACCUUCCACAUGUGCGAAGGUAUUAUCGCACUGACCGAGAGUAAACCGAGUCUCAUACAAUACAAGUAUCCUCGCUCAGCACCAAAGUCUUAUCAAUCGUCUCCAAUAAAACAUGGCGAGUUCUUUCAGAGCGCUGUGGAUGACCUGGACAUGUUAUUUAGCGAAAUGGACGACCUGAAAAACUCAAACCAUGCCAAAACAUACACAGUGGUAAGGAACGAGCUCAUUGGGAUCUACCAUAUGAUUGCACUAGACUUGACACCAUUUGUAUUGCUUGAGCAGAAAAUCGUGCAAUUUCUUCAUUCAGUUCCCCGCGACUUUGUCGAUCUUGCUCAAUCCAACGACCCUCCUGCAAUGGCUUUAUGGCUACGAAAUAUCGUCCUACUUGAGCUUUUCGAAAAGUCGUCAACUUGGUGGAUUCAAGGCUCUGGACUCUGCAGAACUGGCACAAGAGCGGCGUAUAGUAUUCGCUCGUUGAUGCCAGAAGAGCAUUUGUGGACAACUGACUGGCCAAUGAAGAUUGUAAAUAGGGAAAUAACACUGGGCGGCUCUCCAUAA